GACAACAUUUUUUCUCCAAGGAUUCUUAGAUCUGUCUGUUUCCAUUCAGAUAAUCUUAAUGGUUUUCUUUUUUGCUGCUUAUAUCCUGUCUUUAGUGGGGAAUGGUCUGAUCAUCUUGAGCAUUACACUUGACUCUCAUCUCCACACCCCCAUGUAUUUCUUCUUGAGGGGCUUGUCCAUGCUAGAACUCUUUUCCAUCCAUGUUACUGUUCCUAAAGCUUUGGCAAGCUUCCUGUCCAUGGAUAGAUCUAUCUCCUUUAUUGGCUGUGCUACUCAGAUGUACAUUUUCUCUGCAGUUGCUGUGUCAGAAUGUCUCUUCCUUGCAGUAAUGGCCUUUGAUAGGUUCAUGGCUAUCUGCCACCCACUGCGAUAUACUUCUGUGAUGACCUCUAAAUUGUGCUAUCAGUUGGCCGCUGGACCAUGGGUUGUAGGGUUCCUAAUGCCUUUAAUUCACACCAGUUCAAUUUUCAGGCUCCCAUUCUGUGGAUCUCAUCACAUAGCCCACUUCUUCUGUGACAUCCCACCUCUUCUUCACUUGGCUUGUGUCAACACCUUUAAAAUAGAGCUGUAUGUCUUCAUUGUUUGUGUAUGCGGAGCAACAAUCCCAUUCUUUCUUAUACUCUGCUCCUACAUCAAGAUACUGUCCUCUGUGUUCCUUCUACGCUCUAAGGAGGCCCGCCAAAAGGCCUUGUCUACCUGUUCUGCCCAUCUGGUCUCUGUUAUCAUAUUCUAUGGCACAGCCAUGUAUGUCCACCUUCGUCUUGGGACACCUUUCUCUUCAUACAAGGACAGAAUGACGGCCCUUUUCUAUUGUAUCAUAAUCCCAACAAUCAACCCUCUGAUCUACAGCCUGAAGAACAAAGAUAUGAAAGCUGCACUGGUAAAAAUAAAGUGCAUAAUUCUCACUACCCCCUCUACAUAGUACAUCCAGGAACAACUAUGUGUGAAAAUUGUGUUAAUACUGCACUGUCAAAUGAACAAACAAAAACAAAUGCUGCAACUUUAAAUGUGAGACACACACAAAAUGGACAAAUGUAGAAAAAACUAGCUGCGCAAAUAACGUGAAAUUUCAAACAAAAAAACAACUAGCAUACAUAUUUGAAAUAAUUGUGCUGAUUAUGUGUUGAAAUCACUGUAACAAAUAGGUUGCCCUAUUUGUGUCACAUUCUAAUAAGUCCCAGUGAAAAGAAGUAAACAAAUCAAUGUCCUAUUUUCAAAAGAAAGAACGCAUCAGAUAGUGGUUUGAUAACUGGAAAUGUACUGCUCUCCUACAGGUAAAAUGGUGACAUCAAACCAAAAGGAACCACAGAACAGUGAUGUGAUAGAAAGGAAAUCUUCCACCUUCUAAAAUGACUGCCUCUUACCGAAAGGGAAGAUCCCAACCAGAGAUCUUCUGUUGGCGUGUGGCUUUCUAACCCAGCCUAGGGGUCUAUGUAGCAGGAUAUCGUUUCUCCGGUAUCCGAUAGAUCUCCCACCGCUCACAGAUGGUCAGAUGUGAUUACAACCUCCUCACACCGGUCCAAUAGCUUUACCACAUCCAGGAACAAAAUUGCAUUAGAACUGGACUUUUACUUAGAUGGAUGAUA